AUGUCCUCCUCGCUAUUCUUUGGCUAUCCGCAAAUUGCCGUUAUUCCAGACGCAGGAAUCCUUGGACUCACCGCGUACGCCUUCGCAACAGUCGCCCCUCUCUGGUUUUUUGCUUGGCUCGGACCGCAGAUGCGAAAGCUGUGCCCAGAUGGUUUCACCAUGGCUCAAUACGUGCGCGUACGCUUCGGCUGGCCCGUUGGUGUCCUCAUCGCAGUGGUCUUUGUCGCCUUCAUGCUUUGCUUCAUGCUGGUCGAGCUCAACACGUACGGUAGCGUCGUAUCCACCCUCGGGGGGGUCAACCCGACGAUUGCAGCCCUAAUUGUGGCGAUUAUCACCACGAUCUACACAGCGUAUGGUGGAUUCCAAGCGUCCCUCUGGACGGACAAUGUGCAGUCAAUCAUCAUCCUCAUCUUCAUUACCAUUGGUGGAGCAGCGAUCGGUACUCGAAUUGAGCUCGAUCAGCAGCGAAUCGAUGACAGCGGUCUGCUGAAGGCUCACAGCUUGGGUGGCCAGCUUUUCUUCAUCUUGCCUGCCGCGCUCAUCUUCUCGCAAAUGUUCAACCAGGGUUUCUGGCAGCGCGCCUUUGCGUCGAAGACGAACAAGACGCUGUACCUGUCCGUAGCUCUCGCUACUCUACCCCUCUUCGCCAUCUGCUUCCUGGUCGGCAUCACUGGACCCCUCGCCCAAUGGGCCGGACUUUUUGACGGCAUCACUCCGGAGGAUGAUGGCUCUUCCAACUUCUUCUACAUCAUCGCCACUUUGCCGAAUUGGGUCCAAGGCAUCGUGCUUGUUCUCGCCGGCGCACUCACAAGCUCUGCGUACGACACCUUCCAGAGCGCUCAGAUUUCGACUAUUGAAAAUGACGUCUUGCUUGGACGCGUCAAUCUCUGGUGGUGUAGGUUAAUCCUGGUCGCGCUCAACGUCCCUGCAGUGGUCCUUGCCGUCAAGAAUGUCGACAUUCUGCAGGUGUUCCUGAUUGCGGAUCUCGGUGCUGCAGCAGUCUUGCCUGGUACUUUGCUCGGCUUGAUCCCCCAGCUAUGGUGGCUAAAUGGCCUCGACGUGUUCAUCGGAGCUUGCGGAGGCUUCUUCACUGUCUUCAUAGCAGGAACGAUCUACUACCACGGAGACGCAAAGGCGGGCGGAGACUUGAUCAUCCUACCCCAAGGUCUUUACGUCGGCGGCGACGACUACAGCGUGCUUAUGGCUUUCUUCGCUGCGCCACUUGGCUCUGUAGGAUGGUCGCUGGCCAGUGGUGGAGCUCGCAUUGGCGCUCAGUGGCUCUUCGCUCGUGUGCAAGGAAGGGAGUUCUCUUUGCAGCGCGUUGACUUCGACACGACCAACUACGCUCUGCCUCAAGAUAGACCUGCAGACCUGCACGGUGUUCAUGGAUCUGGCAAUCCUCGCGACAGAGCCGGAUUUGAGGGUGAUCUCUACGAACCGGAGACUGGGCACGACGCGAAGGGACUUGCCGGAAACACUUCAGACGCCGGAGAUGACCGCAAGAGCGUCUCUGCGGCCUAG